AGCCACAAAAAGUAAUUAUAUCCUUAUAAAUAUGGAAUAUGUAAAUUACAAUGUUGUCCGUGUCACUCUUUUUUCGAACUGAGAAUCUGAUCGAGUUUGCAUCAGGAAGUGUGUAGUUAUUCCUCUCAAGGCGAUGAAAACUUCAAUUUGCCUCUUGGCCAGUAAACUAUGUUGUUCCUGAAAGUUGGAACCAAGCCUAAAUAACUUCACCAUGGAAACAUGUUUUUCCAUCUUUAUUCCCCCCUCACCUAAUUUCUGUGUUACAUUUGUUUGAUGUGAUAUUUGGAUUGCAUUUGCAGUAGAAUAGAGGUUAUUAGCCCCUGGCACAAAGAGGUGUUUUUGACAGACAAGUGAAUGACAGAAAAACUUAUUCUUUCUAUGCAGGUGGGUGGGGAGGACUGGUUGAGCAGGUGAGUUCAGACUGAAAGUUCUCUCCCUAACAGGUGCAUGGAGACGCUACAACAAGAGGGAAUAUGAGAGUCAGUCCUCAUUUUCCAUGCUAAACAUUUAUGCAAAAUCCAGCAUGUUGCUGAGUGUGAAAACAAAUACAGACUUAAGCCUGGAUAUUUGCAUGAGAUUGGAUGUUUAUGAGGGGUAACUGCAGCAGUUUCAUCUUAGUACGCCUUCAAAUAUAUGUAUGUAGCCUAUAUGCCUAUAUGUGAUUUUAUGUAAUGUACAGGCCAACAUAAAUUUACCAUAGUAUCCAAAAUACCUCCCAGUUACUGCUUGAAAAUGAUUAAUAUUGAAUCUGAACAGCUUGAUAAACUUCUUUUUCUUUUUUUCUUCAGAUUACAGUAGUGGAAAUGAUCUUUGUAUGCUUGUUUUUAAUCACGUUUAGUGUUCUUCUUGGUGAUUGUGUCUGUUCAAUUUAAUUAAAUUCAAUUUAUUUCUUUAGCCCUUUGCACAAUCCAUAUUGUUUCAAAGCAGCUUGCAGAAAAUAGAGCUUCACAAACCCCCUGUGAAUGAACCAAAGGGGACAGUCGCAUGGAAAAACUCCCUAGGAUAGUUAGGUAGGAUGAGGUAGAAACCUUGGGGAAAACUAGGCCCAACAGAGAGAAGUAGGCAUACACUGUCUCUGGCUGGCACAUAUUUAACUAAUAUUUACAAAAAUAUAGUCAUAUUUAUUAGCACACAAUUGUUAAUAGACUCGGAACGUCAAAAUUUAUUAAUUGCCACUUGGGGGAAACUGGAGGAAAAAAAAUGGUCAAAAUUAUAAAAGGAAUAAUAAAUUAAUGACAAAUUAAUACCUCUAAAUAUGCUUAAAUAAAUAAAUAACAUCAUGUACUUAUGUAAAUUAGGCUACUUGUACUAUAAAUUUGCAAUAAAUCAAAAAAUAACACGUGUAGUAACCUGAGAGCAAUAUGGCGGAAACUGUGGUUUCCAAGGUAAACUUUUGUAAAGGAGGUGCUGUAUGAGGCCACGACAUUACUUUUAAUUGAAUUUUAAUUUCGUUGAAGGCAAUAAAUAUGGAUAUUGUACAUAUUUAACGGUUAAUGAGUUGAAGGGCGUCAAAUAGUCGACAGGUGAGGUGCAGGUAGAUUGACCUCAGCUAGCUGAACUCGUGCCGGAGGCGGGCGCGUGCCAGCAGUUGUCAUGUAAAACGGCGUGUUUCAGGUCUGUCCGCAUAGUGCGCUGACAGGUUCACGAUACAAUGGCACAAUGAGGAGCUCCACACUGCCACUGUUUGCUCGGUUUCACUUGAACCCUCCAGGUGAUGUCACAGUGCGAGACCCGCGUAACAGGAUCGGGGACAUUUCUCCCCUAUUUAAACCUGACACAUACUGUAGAGCGCGCGGCUGUGGAUGCGUUUUUGAGAGGGAUCCCAUCAUUCCCGUCCUUUGACAAAAUGGCAGGCGUGUUUUCCUACGAGAGCUCUGAAGUGGACUGGUGUGAAGACAACUAUAAACAUUCAGAGAAUGUUGUGGAAUAUUUCAACACGAUGAGCAGUUUUAUCUUCUUUGUGAUCUCACCCAUAAUGCUCUACCUGCUGCACCCAUAUGCCAAGGAAAGAAACCUGGCUGUGCAUCUGGUCUGGAUCAUGAUGGUCUUUGUAGGUCUUUUCUCCAUGUAUUUUCAUAUGACUCUGAGUUUUAUGGGCCAGAUGCUGGACGAGCUGUCAAUCCUGUGGGUUUUGGCUAUUGGCUACUCCCUGUGGUUCCCACGCAGGCACUUCCCAUCUUUUGUUAAGGACAGGAGAACGUUCUCUCGUUUGGUCCUGAUCAUCACUGUCAUAAGCACUGUGUCCUCUUUUGUCAAACCUACAGCCAAUGCCUACGCUCUCAACUGCUUUGCUAUCCAUAUCCUCUACUCUCUAUUUAUGGAGUUAAAGAGUUGCACAGAUGAGCGAGUGCUGCGUCUGGCCUGGGCGUCCACUGGCCUGUGGGUUCUGGCCAUCUCCUGCUGGAUUAGCGAUCGCUUCGGCUGCAGCUUCUGGCAGAAACUGGACUUUUGUUAUCUGCACGGUAUCUGGCACAUUCUGAUUGUGGUGGCCACAGCUUAUGGCAGCACUUUGAUCGCUUACCUGGAUGCUAGUCUGGAGAUCCCUUAUUCCCUCCCUGACCUGCAGUACUGGCCACGGAAUAACUGGGCCAUUGGACUGCCUUACAUAGUCCUCAAAGGAACCACAAAGACCCGGAAAAGAUGCUAGCAGGCACAACAAGAUGAACAGAUACAAUCUCAUUUUUAAAGCUGCUCGGUGUAGCGCUAAUCUAGGAUCAACCUUUACCGUUCAAAUCUUAGUGAAUACAUUUAUACGGACAGAAAGGAGCUGAUCCUAGAUCAGUACUCUGAGACUCCAUAGGUUAAUGUGAGCACUGAAGAGAAACUGGUUAUAUGAAAUACAUGUUGUAAACCUGAAACUGAAGUAUGUGUGUGUGAAUGUUUCCAUGAAAGUGACUGUUUGUAUUCUCGUCUUUACAAACAACAUGCUGUUAUGUGAAAAUGAAUAUUUGCACUGUUUUGACAAGACUGAAUGUAUGUACAUUCUGUAUUUUACUUGAUUUACUCAAUAUGAAAAAAUGUCAUAAGCAACUACUUGAAUCAUGGGUGAAACUUGAAUGAUUAAAAUGUAAAUAUGUUAUAUUACUAGUCUGAUCAGAAGAGGAAAAGUUAUGCUGCCUGUUCAAUGUGAGAUCUGAAUGAUUUUCUCACAGUAAAUGGUGUAAACAUUUGUUUACAAAUGUAAUAACUGGGAUUAUGUGCAUUUUGGUGUGGGAUUUUUAAAUCUAAUGCUAUUUUACUGUAUUUUUUUUUUGUUAAAAAAAAACUUUAUAUAUUAUAUAUCUAUACAUUGUAUGCUAACUUCUAACCACCUCAUUGUGUGAUAUUGUGUUUACUGAUGAUGGACAGUUCAAUGGCAUCACUGUGGAAAAGACUGAUGUGACACGAAACUAAUGAUGAUAUAUGGAUAUAUUUUUAUAUAAAUUAUGAAUACUGGGACAUGUAUUUGGUGUGAGAAUUUAUUUAAGGGUUUGUUGUCAUUUCAAAGUAUUUCAAAGAAGCACCAUGAGAUACACACUAAAAUAAAAGUCAAUAAAAUAAAA